GAAUCACGUGUGUCGAGGCCGUCUUAAAGAGAUAGGCACCUACUUUUCCUCCACCCUAAACGCCGCCCCGAGGGCGGAGGCGACCGCGGUGAUUGCAGCUGCUUAGGGGCAGGGCUUGCCCCAGCGCUGAGUGGUGGCACCGGCGUGGUUUGCGUCGGGGUUGCCUGGGCUUGGGGAGACCCGGUGGCCUGGGAGCGGCGCUUGGCGGGCAACCCUCUCUGUCCGUGGACGCGGGACAUUCUUAGCGCUCCGAGGGGUGUUUGCCCUUGAGGAGACUUGGGGUUUCUGGGCGGCAGGUGACAGGGCCAGAGAAAGAUGGAGGAGCUCGGGGCGGCGGCGUCGGGAGCCGGAGGCGGCGGCGGUGGCGGCGAGGAACACGGCGGGGGCCGGAGCAACAAGCGAGGCGCGGGGAACCGGGCCGCCAACGAAGAGGAGACGAGAAACAAACCCAAACUGAACAUUCAAAUAAAAACUUUGGCAGAUGAUGUGCGUGACCGAAUUACAAGUUUCAGAAAAUCUGCCACCAAGAGAGAAAAGCCUGUUAUUCAACAUUCUAUUGAUUAUCAAACUGCAGUGGUUGAGAUUCCCCCAGCUCUGAUAGUACAUGAUGACCGAUCUUUGAUUUUGUCUGAAAAGGAAGUUCUGGACCUCUUUGAGAAAAUGAUGGAAGAUAUGAACCUUAAUGAAGAAAAGAAAGCUCCUUUGCGAAAGAAGGAUUUUAGCAUCAAGCGUGAGAUGGUUGUCCAGUAUAUUUCUGCUACUUCCAAAUCUAUAGUUGGAAGUAAAGUUCUGGGUGGCCUGAAAAACAGCAAACAUGAGUUCACCCUUUCUUCACAAGAAUAUGUUCAUGAAUUACGAUCUGGCAUCUCAGAUGAGAAACUUCUCAACUGCCUGGAAUCUUUGAGAGUGUCUUUAACCAGCCAUCCUGUCAGCUGGGUCAACAACUUUGGCUAUGAAGGACUUGGAGUCUUACUGGAUGUGCUGGAGAAGCUUCUGGACAAAAAACAGCAAGAAAAUAUCGACAAGAAGAAUCAGUACAAAGUCAUUCAGUGCCUGAAAGCAUUUAUGAAUAAUAAGUUUGGACUACAAAGAAUUCUAGGAGACGAGAGAAGCCUUUUACUGUUGGCAAGAGCAAUUGACCCGAAACAACAGAAUAUGAUGACUGAAAUAGUAAAAAUCCUUUCUGCUAUUUGCAUUGUUGGGGAAGAAAACAUUCUAGACAAACUUUUAGGGGGCAUCACUGCUGCAGCUGAACUAAAUAAUAGAGAACGAUUUUCACCAAUUGUGGAAGGCUUAGAAAAUAAUGAAGCCUUGCAUCUCCAGGUGGCCUGCAUGCAGUUCAUAAAUGCACUUGUCACCUCUCCAUAUGAUCUUGAUUUUCGAAUUCAUUUGAGGAAUGAAUUCCUUCGUUGUGGAUUAAAAGCAAUGCUCCCUACUCUUAAAGAGAUAGAGAAUGAAGGGCUUGAUAUUCAGUUGAGAGUGUUUGAAGAGAACAAAGAAGAUGACCUAAGUGAAUUAUCCCACCGUCUCAAUGACAUUCGAGCUGAAAUGGAUGAUAUUAAUGAAGUCUACCAUCUGCUGUAUAAUAUGCUGAAGGACACUGCUGCGGAACCUUACUUAUUAUCCAUUCUCCAACACUUUCUGCUCAUCAGAAAUGAUUACUACAUCAGGCCACAGUAUUAUAAAAUCAUUGAGGAGUGUGUUUCACAGAUAGUGCUACACUGCAGUGGCAUGGACCCAGACUUCAAGUACCGGCAGCGCAUAGACUUUGAUUUCACUCAUCUCCUAGAUGCUUGUGUAAAUAAGGCAAAAGUUGAAGAAAAUGAGCAAAAAGCAAUGGAAUUUUCAAAGAAGUUCGAUGAAGAAUUCACAGCUCGUCAGGAAGCUCAAGCAGAGCUUCAGAAAAGAGAUGAAAAAAUCAAAGAACUGGAAACAGAAAUCCAGCAGCUUCGAGGACAGGGAGUUCCAUCUGCAAUUCCAGGUCCACCUCCACCACCUCCACUGCCAGGUGCAGGACCAUGCCCACCACCACCACCUCCUCCUCCUCCACCACCUCCACUUCCAGGAGUCGUCCCUCCUCCUCCUCCACCAUUACCUGGGAUGCCUGGUAUUCCACCACCACCUCCACCACCUUUGUCUGGAGUACCUCCUCCACCACCACCCCCUGGGGGAGUUUUUCCUCUCCUAUCAGGACCAAUUGAGCUACCAUAUGGAAUGAAGCAGAAAAAAUUAUAUAAGCCUGACAUACCUAUGAAAAGAAUCAACUGGUCCAAGAUUGAGCCUAAAGAAUUAUCCGAAAACUGUGUUUGGCUAAAACUUAAAGAAGAGAAGUAUGAGAAUGCAGAUCUAUUUGCAAAACUGGCCUUGACAUUUCCUUCCCAGAUGAAAGGUCAAAGGAAUACAGAGGCUGCAGAAGAAAAUAGGAGUGGGCCUCCAAAGAAGAAAGUGAAGGAAUUGAGAAUUUUGGAUACCAAAACAGCCCAGAAUCUAUCUAUCUUCCUUGGAUCUUACCGCAUGCCAUACGAGGAAAUAAAGAACAUUAUUUUGGAGGUUAAUGAAGAGAUGCUCAGUGAGGCCCUAAUCCAGAAUCUUGUAAAAUAUCUUCCUGACCAGAACGCACUCCGAGAACUAGCCCAGCUUAAGAGUGAAUAUGAUGAUCUCUGUGAGCCUGAGCAGUUUGGUGUUGUGAUGAGCACGGUGAAAAUGUUACGUCCUCGUCUCACGAGCAUCCUUUUCAAACUCACCUUUGAAGAACAUGUCAACAACAUCAAACCAAGCAUCAUAGCAGUAACUCUUGCAUGUGAAGAACUGAAGAAAAGUGAAAGCUUUAAGAGACUCUUAGAGUUGAUUCUUCUGGUUGGAAACUACAUGAACUCAGGCUCCAGGAAUGCCCAGUCUCUAGGUUUUAAGAUUAACUUUCUGUGUAAGAUCAAAGACACAAAAUCAGCAGAUCAAAAAUCCACCCUUUUGCAUUUUCUUGCUGAAAUCUGUGAUGAGAAAUACCGGGAUAUCCUGAAAUUUCCUGAUGAGCUGGAGCAUGUGGAAAGCGCAGGCAAAGUUUCAGCUCAAAUACUCAAGAGCAACCUUGUAGCAAUGGAACAAAGCAUUCUUCAUCUGGAGAAAAACAUCAAGAAUUUCCCACCAGCAGAAUCGCACCAUGAUAAGUUUGUGGAAAAGAUGAUGAGCUUUACCCAGAAUGCCAGAGAACAGUAUGACAAACUGUCCACCAUGCACAGCAAUAUGUUGAAGCUCUAUGAGAGUCUGGGAGAAUACUUCAUUUUUGACCCGAACACAGUAAACAUGGAAGAAUUUUUUGGUGAUCUCAACACCUUCAGAACCCUAUUUUUGGAAGCACUGAAAGAAAACCACAAGAGAAAGGAAAUGGAAGAGAAGAGCAGGAGAGCAAAGCUUGCAAAAGAGAAAGCGGAACAAGAGAAGCUGGAACGCCAGAAGAAGAAGAAGCAACUCAUUGACAUAAACAAAGAGGGUGAUGAGACGGGAGUGAUGGAUAAUCUUCUGGAAGCCCUACAGUCAGGUGCAGCAUUCAGAGACCGCAGAAAGCGAAUUCCAAGAAAUCCAGAUAACAGACGGCCCCCUCUGGAAAGAUCUCGCUCUCGCCACAAUGGAGCCAUGUCAUCCAAGUGAUUCCCGAGGCCGGGGAGAAUGGAGACAUUUAAGAAAACAAAACCAUCCAUUUUGAAAGGAACAAAUAUACACUUAAGAGUUGGAGUGGAAAGAAAUGCAUUUCCACAAAGGUCAAGCUGAUCUGGGGGAAGGGAAGUGUAUUGGUAGUUACUGCAAGUACACUAAUCUGAACUCAGAUGUCAUGAUUAGGAAACAUUUGUUCCUCUCUAAAGAUGCACAUAACUUGUCAUUGUGUGUAAGGACCUGAUUGUGAAGAUCAAAGUAAAAAAAAAAAACAAAAACCAUGGAAGAAUCCUAAGGCUUCUACCAACAUUCCAGUCUGUCAAAUAAUUUAAAACUGAAAUUCUAGGUCAGACCUACCCACCCCAUACCCCACAAAGAGACAAAGGGCAGGGGAGAGAUAGACAGGAAGAAUUUCUAUUGUCUAGUUUCAGCUCAUCUUAUGUAUAUAGUGUAAAGUCUAGGAGAAUAGGCGCAUUAAUGAUUGUAAAGGAGCAAAUAUCACACUCAGAAAGAGAAGCCCAACUCAAGGUAUUUAGAACCCAUCUCAAGUGAAAGCUAAUGGAUUCUUCCAUGUGGCAGAAAUUAACCUUACCAUUACUCUAAUGUUGCAGUACAGGGUCACGGGCACUUAGCAUUGCUAAAAUAAACCAAAGUUUAACAGAAUCCACUAGAUUUCACUCUUAUUUAAAAUGUAUUUAAGAAGUCUCCACAGACUUAUAGAAAUUUUUUAUAUAACUAUUUUUGAGAAAAGUGUAGACUUUUUCAUGUAUAUGCUAGGGAUGAGCCUGAAAUUCUCUUGCCUUUAUUUAGAUUUUAGAGGAAAAUAUUGAUUUCUACUUCUUCCAUUACUUCAUUCUCCCUUCACCCCCUUAGAGGUAGGGAACAGAACUGCAGAAGAGUGUAGAGGGGGAAAGUGACAUUUUAAUGCAGGAGGCAGUAGGAAACUUUUGAAAGUUCAAUUGGUUGGUCUCUAGUUCUACCCCUUUUCCCACUCCACUCUGGUAGUGAAAAAGCAAUUCUCUCUCCCUCCUGCCCUCCCUUUUACCCUCCCUCUCUUCCUUCCUCCCUCCUUCCCUACUUCACUCUCUUCCUCUCCCUCCCUCCAUUCCUUCCUUUCCCUCCCUCCCCUGUCCCUCCUUCCCUCCCUACCUUUCCCUAUGUCCCUCCCCAGCAUGUGUAUAUGUAUGUGUGUGUGUGUGUGUGUGUGUGUGUGUGUGUGUGUGUGUGUGUUUGUGUGUGUGUGUGUGUAUCUCUUACUGAAAUAACCCAUACCCAACUCUCUGUCAUCAUCAUACUUACUUACCUUAUAUUAUUAACGCAUUUCAGUGAUACUGCCAAAACAACGCUAACAGGUAAAGAAGCUCGGCAUUGUUUUAAAUAUGUGAGAGAGCAGAAGUUAUACUUAACUUGUCUAUUCUCCUACAAUGUGCAUUUGUAAUAAUUGGUGUGACUUCUCUGGAGUGUAAUUUCAAGACUAAUUCAUGCAGAUGAUUGUGAUUGCUGUAAAAGAUUGCUUGUAUGUAUAUUUCUUAUGUAGAUAAUUCUAUUUCUAUUCUGCCAAAGCACAUUAUAGACAUUUAGAGAAAAGAACAAAUAACUGGCUUGACAAGCCACCUUCUGAGACAAAGUAAACAAGUGUCCAGUAGCUCAUCGACUCUUUCUACAGAUAUAAAGUAAUUUACAUGGUUGCCUUUCACUCGUUCUUACUUAGGUAUGAUACUUCAAAAUACUCUGAAGCUACUAUAAGUAGAAAAAUCAGAACGUAACAAUGUCUGAGUUUUUUCCUUUUUUUCUUAUGUGAACACACACACACUUUAGAACAUACCACUUUCACACACUUUUAAAACAAUAACCAUGAAGUUUAGGUUCUACUAAUUAAUGUAAAUAACUACUGUAUGCAUUUUCAAUUUUACAAAGUAUUUUCUGAAAUAUUGUGGUAUGGCUUAUUUGAGGUUUUUUGUUUUUGUUUUUAUAGCUUUUCGGGCUGUAAAAAAAAAUUAAUCUUGAAAUGUAAACGUUGACUGAAAUUUAGGGCAUUUGCCCUGCCAUAUUUUCUAACUGGUCAAGGUUGAAAUACUGAGGUAUGUCACCUUUUCCAGAUGUGAACUUGCCUUAUUUUCUAGUUUGUAAACAAGAAUGAAUGAAGUACUAUUAUUGAUAAAUUAUAUAUUUGUAUUUAAAUGCAUUCCACAUGCUUUUCACAAAUAUUAGAAAACCUUUCAGGGGACAGACACAGAAUUAACUCAUGUGACUUAUAAUGGUCCUGUUCUGGUCACUUGCAUUUUUUGUUUUCGGUCGAAAGGUAUCAUCUGAAAACAAAAGUACAUAGUGGCAUUUUUUUAAAAGAAAACCAAAUUAGGCUGAAGUAUUUUAUGUAUUUUUGUUUAUAUCUGCCACACAUGAAAAAUGCCCUUUCUACAGCUUUUUCUUCAGCAUAUUACAAAACAAGUUAACUGUUUAGAAUAUUUUCCUUUGGCUACUGUAAUGAUUGACCAUCAAUCUUGUAGUUUAAGACCACAACAAUUUAUUGUCCCAUGGUCCUGGAGGCCAGAAGUUUGACAUCUGGACAUCAGACCAUUCAUGCUACCUCCAGAGGCUACAACAGAGGCCCCUUCUGUGAUUUGUCCAUUUUUUGAUGGCCAACGGUAUUGUGUGGCUUAUGGCCACAUUUUUCUCUACUCCUUUUUAUAUCAUCUUCUCUGUGCACCUGAUCUCUCUCAGCCUGUCCUGUAAAGAUGUUGAUGGUGGCAUUUAGAGACCGCCAUCUGAAGACAGGAUAAUCCUCUCACCACACACGCUGAACUUUAUGAUAUCUCUAUGACCCUUCUUUCAUGCAAGCUAACAUCUAGGUUCUUUCCUAGAUAGCUUAGCACUGUACUUGAGAUAGUUGAAUGAAUCCAGAAAUGUGUGCCUGAUCUUUUCACCACUAUUCAAAAGCUGGCAGGCCGCAUCCUUUUGGUGCACGCCUUUAAUCCCAGCACUUGGGAGGCUGAGGCAGGCGGAUUUCUGAGUUCGAGGCCAGCCUGGUCUACAAAGAGAGUUCCAGGACAGCCAGGGCUACAGAGAAACCCUGUCUCAAAACAAAACAAAACAAAAACAAACAAACAAACAAACAAAACAACAACAAAAUUUAUCUUCACACAGAAUUUCCUCAUUUUAUCAUCUUUCACUAUUAACAAAAUUUACCAAAUCAAGUGCUAAUUCCUUCUUGAUAUAAUGGUUCUUUCUUCACUUCCUCCUAUCGGGCUCUUUUAAAAAACUUAGUACAAAAAUAAUGAGUUUCAUUGUGGCAUUUUUCAUGCCUUGUUGUUGUCAUUGAUGAUGAUGAUGAUGGUGAUGGUGAUGGUGAUGAUGAUGAUGGUCCUUCUCCCCACCUUAUGUGCCCUCGCCUCUACCACUACCCACUGCUAUGGUCCCCCUAGUAUAUCCCAUUUCACUGGCAUGUCUCAUAUGUUCUAGUAUCGUCUCUUCUCCUCCCCAUUCUCCUAAGACUUCUUUUCCCCAGCAAAAAUGAACGAGCUAUACCUACAACAGGGCCUGCCAAGUUCCUCAACUUUGUCCCUUACAAGGUCAAGAUUAGCUUUCCAUAAAACUGUAGGAGACAAUUCAGAUAAGUUGUUUGGUUUGGUUUUGCUGCUAUAUAACAACAAUCUUUCUUGCAGUUCCCACUACAGUAUUCAUUUCCUCUUGUGCCCUCACCAGAAAUGCCUUUAACAUCCACAUUUCCAUCAGGGGUUUGGCUCAGGCAAUCUAUAGUGUCUCUAUUAAGUUUACUAUCAACAAUUGUACCAUCCUCUACCCAGCAUCAAAUUCCAAAGCCACUUUCACAUCUGUAGGUAUUUGUCAUAGCAGUACCCCACCUCAUACUAAAAUUUAUAUCACAUUCCUAUGGUUACUGUAACAUAUUCCCACAGACACAGAGGGAUAAAAUAGUAGAUUUCUGGUUCUGUGGUGUUUUUAUAGCCACAACUCCAAAACCAUGAUAUUGGCAAGAGAGCACUCCUCUGCAAACUCUAGAGAAAAAUCCACUCCUUGCAUCUUCUCAUGUGAUUGUCAUUAUUCCUUGGAUUGUGGCUUCAUCUUACUACUCUGUUGUUUUGACAGCUUCCCCUCUGUAUAUAUAAUCUACCUCUACUUCUCUCUUAUGAAGAUAAUUUUGAUGACCCGUCCGGAUUAUCUAUUAUAACAUCCUGAUUUUCAGAGCCUAAAUUUAAUUACAACUUCACAUACCUGCUGAACAGAAUAAGGUAAUAUCACAGAUUCUGAGGAUUAGCACACAAAUGAACAUGUCUUUUUGGGAGGGAGGAGCAUAAUUCAGCCACUACAGUAGUCAUUGCAUAUAAAUGUACUUUAUACUUUUUAAAAUGCAUCCUUGGUGCUCAAGCCAGAUUUAAGGUUGUUAUUAAAAGCUAUUGUCUGCACAGGCUACUGCAUGCUUUGUUACUAAAUAGACAAAAUGGCUAUUCUAAAUUUUGGUUGAUAUUUUCACCACUGUAACCAAUUAGCUGAAACAAUUCACGGAUCUCAACUCUGCUCUAGUGUGUCUCUUCUGCCCUUUUUUAUGAAGCCUUUGUUCAAAUGUCUUCUAUCAUGCAUAAUGUAGGCACAAAACUACCUCUGAUACAGAAGGGUUCUUUACAAGCUUCCUUUAGAUAUUGUGAAUCCCUCAGCUGAAGUGAGAGGUAAAAGCAAAGACUGUAUUGAAUGGGUAUUGAGGGAGAUUUUGUCCAUAGCAAGCAACUAUUUCUUUAAUAAAUAGUUCCAGUAGCAGUAAAGCUGUCAAUUUGUGCUGUCAUUUCACCUCGGAAUAAACACCUGUAUUUGCGCUGGACCAAUAAUGACUUGCAUUCUCUGUAUAAUGCCUAUUAAUUCAAUAAAGCUUAGAUCUGCAUUAAA